UAGGUCCUCCCACCGGUGUCUGGCUAUUUAUACGGUUAGAACCGCAGCCGUGGGUCGUGAUAACAGGACGCGGCUUGGACACAGAGAUUCAUCACAACGCGUGCCGGCUCUGGCCCAGGCUGCAGCCAUGCCUCUUCUGGAAGAGACCACUCUGCCACAAGAGCACCCACCCACUGUCCCUGUGGUCAUUAUAGGCAAUGGCCCAUCUGGUAUUUGUCUGUCCUACCUGCUGAGUGGACAUAAGCCGUACCUUGAUACAGCAACAGUUCACCCAAACCCGAUACUAUACAGGAAACUACAGGAGUCCAAGCAACUAUCCAUCACUGAACAGGAUCUGGAAUAUUUGAGCGAAGGUCUCGAGGGGAGGUCAAGGAACCCGGUGGCUGUGCUUUUUGACACACUUCUGCAUCCCAAUGCUGACUUUGGCUACGAGUUUCCCCCAGUCCUUCAGUGGAAGAGGGACAAGCAGCAACACGUCCCACAUCUUGUUCUGGGGAGGGCAACGCCUGGAGGUGCUUGGCAUGCAAUGGAAGGCUCAAUGCUGACUAUUAGUCUUGGCAUCUGGAUGGAGCUUCCUGGGGUUAACUAUAGGGACUUGACUAACGGGAAACACAGAGAUGUAACCAGUGACAGAGCCACCCCAGAGGAGAUCUCGUCCUAUUACCGUAACUAUGUGAAGCUUAAGGGCCUCCAAAAUAAUUUUGUUGACAACACCUACGUGACCUCUGUUCAGAAACUCUGCCGGGAGCAGGAGGGGGAAGGUCUGGAAAAUAGGCACUCUGAUCAAGGAGAUGGAGGGGUGGGAGAUGGUGGGAAUCAAGGCUUUGAGGGUAAUGGGGUUGACAAGGGAGGAGGGGGGACUCUUUGGGAAGUAAGGGGUUACCAGCAGGUGCAGAGCGACACUCAUGUCCCCUUCUCUCUGUUUGCUGAAAAUAUCGUUUUGGCCACCGGUGCGUCCGAUUCUCCGGUUCACUUAGGCGCAGAGGGGGAGGACCUUCCAUUUGUAUUCCACAGCAUCUCAGACCUGGGUUUGGCCAUAAGCCGGAGAAAACUGGAUAUGAACUCUGAUCCAGUUUUAAUCGUAGGUGCCGGUUUGAGUGCUGCAGAUGCAGUUCUUUGCGCUUGUGGCAGCAACAUUAGAGUGCUGCAUGUCUUUCGUAAGAGCGUGGACAACCCAGACCUCAUCUUCAAACAGCUGCCCAAGACCCUGUACCCUGAGUACCACAAAGUCUACAACAUGAUGUCCUCUCAGACCUACACUAACGUGGCUCCCUCCUCUGCUUCAGACAGACCCCAGGCAGUUAGUAUUGCCUCCUCAGUAUGUGCCAAGAUGUGCCCAAAGCCUCAGUUUGCCGCAGGUAACAUGGCUGGUACUGCAAGUGUCAGCCUGUUUCCUGUCUACACAAGUUUCCCUGAACACUGCGUGGUGUCCUUCCAGUCUGACAUGACGUGUUUGCUGCAGGGGAACGACUCCCUCAAGGCAUUCAAGAUCUCCAUGGUCCUAGUGCUGAUUGGGACCAACCCAAACUUGUUUUUCUUGAAGGGGAACGGCCAGUACCUAGGUCAGGAUCCAACAAAACCCAUCUCCUGCACACAGAACCCCAUUGAUGUUCACCCCUACACUUAUGAGUGUGCCAAUGAACCAGGUCUCUUUGCCAUGGGCCCGCUGGUGGGAGACAACUUUGUUCGCUUUUUGAAGGGUGGCGCUUUAGGCAUCGCCUCGUGUCUUCUAAAGAGACUCAAGAAGAAAGAGAAGCUCAUCAGCAACGGAGGGAAUAACUUCAUUUGAAACAGAAUGGAGAAAAGAGCGGUACCCGUUGGUCCCAUAGAACAGAAUAAAAGCGCCCAUACCAGCUGAAGCAGAAAACAAACAUUUUUAUGUUUAAAUCAUUUAGGCAGUUUUUUCAUCAAAGCUAAGGAAUUUGUACAACUUUCUGAGACCAAAAAGACAAUGGAUGUACAAUAAUUAGUUUCUAAAGAAACAAAACUUUUAAGAGUCUUGUCUGACUUCAUCAGAAGUCCCCAUAAGUCCAUGUGCCAAGGUUUUUUCAGUCAAUCUGUAACCUCACAACUAAAUGGGACCUUUAUUUUCAUCAGGGUUAUUUAUUUGUUCACCACGUGUCUUUCAAUUCAUUUAUUAACAAUAGUUGUGUUUCUGCCAUAUCACACUUUAAGUCUUAUUUUAGCUUUAUAUGCUCCAAAAUAGAGGCCACUGCGCUCAUUUGCCAUGUAACUUAUGGCUUAUAGUUAACAACCUGGAGUGCUGAGUUUUUUGCAAUUGUAAACGCACAAAAAAUCUAUCUCAGAACUAAGCAAUCUCAAUGUUCCUGAUUAUUCUGAGCCAUUAACUUCAGGAUUCUUUGUUAGGGUGCUAUUGUAGGUAGUUGGAGCCAUAUACCUGAAAAGUUAGAAAAGUUGAAUAAAAAUGAAAUGAUGCUUAAGUGCUACUUUCUAUGCAAACAAUUCACUUGCAGAUCUGAAUGUAUUCUUGGGCCAUUUACAUAAUGACUAGAAUAUAGUUAAAAAACAAAUCAGACUUCUUCCAAUACAUAUUUCUAAGACACAA